UUUGUGGGUUGGGGUGGGAUUAGAAAGUAGAAACCGAAAGGGUUUCUCACCUCCUGUGUCUCCUCGUUUUCCCUUGUAAAUGCUUUCAGACCAAUAACACCCGCUGUCCCUCUUCUUCCUCUUUUUGACCCGCCCAACAGAGGACAAGAGAAGAAGCAAGAGGAAUCCUAUCAAUCAUUACAACCUUCUUUUCUCUUCUAUUCUCUUCUAUUCUCUUCUAUUCUAGAGAGAGAAGAGAGAGAGAGAAACCAGCUCUUAUCCUGUCCAUGGAAUCCUCAUCUUCUUCAGCUUCCAGCGAUGGCCUUAACCUCAAAGAAGGGUCAAUCGUUGACCCCUUCUUGGUCGAGGCUCUCCAGAAUCCUCGUCACCGUCUCACCAUUUUGCGAAUGGAACUUGAUAUCCAGAGGUUUCUGAAAAGUCCUGAUCAGCAGCUGUUUGAGUUCCAACAUUUCCCUACAUCCUACCUUCGACUUGCUGCACAUCGUGUUUCUCAACACUAUGGCUUGCAGACUAUGGUUCAGGAUUGGGGCCCAGAUGGUCAAGGGAAUAGGAUUUUGGUGAGGAAAACAGCAGAAAGCAAAUACCCAGCAAUUCAGUUAUCCGAAAUACCGGCUAAGCAGUCAGAAAACAAUAGACAUGAGCAGAUUAAAAUUGUCAUCAAGCCCAGGUCUGAUAAAAAUAAUAUGAAUGGAGCUAAUGGAGCUGGGAUCAAGCGAAGUCCUGUGAGAAGUGUGGAAGAGAGGAAGGAGGAGUACGAUCGGGCACGGGCUCGCAUCUUUAGCAGCAUUAGCAGUUCUGAUUCUGAUGAUACUGCCUUUUCAGUCCCUACAGAUGCGAAAAAUGCAUCCUUUAGCAGGGAUGAGAAUGAAGGUUUUAGGAACUCUGUGGUUGAUACAGAAAAGAAUUUAAACGUGAAGGAUCUUGGUUCUUCAUCUCGAGUUGCCAUUUUUAGAGAUAGGCAAAAAGACCGUACUGACCCAGAUUAUGAUCGAAAUUAUGAAAGGUAUGUCAGGAGUCUUCCUACCAGUCAAGGAUUUAACUUGGCACCUUUCAAUAUGCAAAAGGUUCAACCGCAGUUUUUGCAGUACGAUGCUGGUUUCUCUCAGAUGCCAAGGCAUCAAGCUUCAAUUAGUUAUGGGCCUCCUUCAACCCCAGCUAUGAGCCCUUUUUGUGCUGUGGGAUUCAAUCAGACAUCUAGAGAUGCUACGUACAUGCAGUGGGCAAGUGCUUCAAUGAUGUAUGCACAUUCGUAUGAUCAGUUUAGGCAAGCUGUUAUCCAGGCUCCAUUCUGUCACCAACCCCUGAGCUUUCAUUCACAAAACCAUUAAUCCACGUUUAGGCGGGGAUUUUACAGCGGAGAUGCAAGCAGAAUUCUUUGUUCUUCUAGGAUUAAAACAGAGUUAGGUCAUUGUAUUGAGACUUGGUGCCACACAAGCUUGUUCCCUUUGUAGUUUGUGGUGGUGUCUGCUAUUUUUGAUCUUUUAUGUAGCCGAGGACUCUAUUGUAUUGUAAUGACACUCUUGUUUCGACUAUUGCCUAGCAACAUUAUACUAUUCAUUUGGUGAGCCCUACUCUUUGUGAUAA